GUUCUUUUUAAGUCUAUUGUUUGCUUUCUUUAAGUCUGUAGUUCCUUAAGUCCAGCAGUGUAUUUUAUUAUUUUGCAAAAAAAAAAAAAAAAAAAAAAAAAACCAAGCAGAGUCCAGGCCUGUGACAGACCAGUCCAAGCCCAGUUCCAGCACUACCUGUCCAGAGAACAUCACAGCAGCCCAGGUUCUUGUUCCAGCUCCAAACUAUUUUUUGACGCACUAUUUUAGAGAAUCAUGGAAAUAUUAGAAGCACCUUAUUUUGAUGGUUAUGAAGCUUAUCCACGAGAUUUUAUCAACUGGAUGAAUGGGAUGGAGCAAUUCUUUGAGCGGGCAAAUUUUGCAGAUAACAUAAAGGUUAGGUAUGCCAAGUCGAAGUUAAUAGGUAAAGCACAGAGGUUUUGGGAGAAUCUUGAACGUUUCCGUUAUAUGGAUUAUGAACCUGCCAUUACUGUGUGGGAAGAUAUGAAAGAAAGGCUUUGUGAUGAGUAUUUGUCACCAUACUAUCGAGCUAAGUAUCUACCCCGAUCUCAGUGUGGUACUUUUCAAGUUGAAGCAAAUGCGAUGACUCCUCAUCCUCAUCCCAUAUCAUGUCCUCAGUGCACUUUUGAACAAUCUACCAAGGAAUUAUCUACCAGGAAAGUAACGGAAUUAACUGUAAAGCUCAUGAAAGAGAUUCAAGACAGGACUGCUCAGAUGAAGCAAAUGAAGACUCAACCCGAUUCAAUUGGGAAACCAAAGAUAAUUGAUCAUAAUGAACUUAUUACUACCCCCAUAGAAGAGAACAUUGAUGGUGAUAUCUUGGUCAUGGAGAAUCCUCCAGCAACACCAAAGCCUAAUGUUGACAUAGACGUACAUGCUUCGACAAGUGUUGCUUUAACAAGCGUGCAAGGAAAUGAAUCUAUUGAAGAACAGCAAGGUGAAAAGAUGGCGCCUAAAGAGAGUAUUAUGUUAGAGGGUGCACAUGAUGUGAAAGUUGAAGUUGUUGAAUGUGCUUCUAAUCAACCCUCCACAGUCCUUGAAGAUCUACAUCUUGGUGAAGUCGAAGAGGUUGAAACCAAAGUGCUUCCUAUGACUCAUAAGGUUCAAGAAGAGAUUAUACUGAUUCCACACAUUGAUUUUGUUAUUCCAAAUGAGUUUGAUGCGGUGGAAUUCAAGGUUUUUCUUUUCCCUAUGCUCCCUAAGGUGAUUUCAAACUUGAAGCAAGUGUUGUUUGUCAGCAUCUUAAUCCUUCAAUGCUUUAAAACUCGAGGUCGAGUUUUCUCCAACCAGAGGAGAAUGAUGCGGGAGAUGAAAGAGAAUAAUUAUUUAAUAUUAUUUAUGUUUGCAAGUCAAUUGUAUUUUUAUGUUUUAGGUCCUAGUAGUUUAUUGGGCUUUUAGUAUUUUAAUUUAGAAGUAAGGGUAUUUUUGUAAUAAGGCAAUUAGGGUUUCCUAGCCAAUUAGAACUAGGGUUUAGUAAUCCUUUAUAAGCAACCUAUUGUACUCCUUGAGGAGACAGUUGAUAUUUUGAUGAAUGAAAACAAUGGCCGUUUGGUCUU